AUGGAUCAAAAUUUUCUAAGUCAACUUGAGCAGACUUUGAACGCCAUCACUUCUGGUACAGGCUUGAAGGAAGCUACAAAAACUUUGCAAGGCCAGUUUUACACUCAGCCUACAACCUUGCCAGCUUUGAUUCACAUUCUGCAAAAUGGUGCAAACGAUUCAUUGAAACAAUUAGCUGGUGUUGAAGCCAGAAAACUAGUUUCUAAGCACUGGAACGCCAUUGAUGAACCCACAAGAACUUCUAUCAAGGCCUCCCUUCUACAAACUGCAUUCAGUGAACCAAAGGAAAACGUUCGUCAUUCCAAUGCUCGAGUAAUCGCUUCUAUUGGUACUGAAGAAUUGGAUGGAAACAAAUGGCCAGAUUUAGUUCCAAGCUUGAUUCAAGCAGCAUCUGGUGAAGACGUUCAAACAAGACAAACUGCCAUUUUUAUCUUGUUUUCUUUGCUGGAAGAUUUCACCUCUUCUCUAACUGGAUACGUUGAUGACUUCUUGACUUUGUUCUCACAGACCAUUAAUGAUCCCGCUUCCUUGGAAAUCAGGUCAUUAUCAGCUCAAGCUUUGAACCACGUCUCUGCGUUAAUUGAGGAACAAGAGACUAUCAACCCCACCCAAGCUCAAAAGUUUGCUGCUUUGAUUCCUUCCGUGGUCAGCGUCUUAGAUGCCGUCAUUAAAGCUGAUGACACCAUGAACGCUAAACUGAUUUUCAACUGUUUAAAUGAUUUCCUGCUAUUGGAUUCCCAAUUGACCGGUAAUUUCAUUAUUGAUCUUGUCAAGUUGUCUUUACAAAUUUCCGUUAACACUGAAAUUGAUGAAGACGUCAGAGUUUUUGCUCUUCAAUUCAUUAUUUCUUCUUUGUCCUAUAGAAAAUCCAAGGUGUCUCAAAGUAAGCUGGGCCCAGAAAUUACCAUGGCUGCUUUGAAGGUCGCAUGUGAAGAGAUCGAUGUUGAAGAUGAAUUAAACAAUGAAGACGAAACUGGGGAAAACGAAGAAAACACUCCAUCAUCUUCCGCUAUCAGAUUGUUGGCUUUUGCGUCAUCUGAAUUGCCACCAUCUCAGGUUGCUUCUGUUAUUGUUGAACACAUCUCAGCUAUGCUACAAUCUGCAAACGUUUUUGAAAGAAGAGCUAUCCUUUUAGCUAUCUCAGUUGCUGUUACUGGUUCUCCAGACUACAUUUUGUCUCAAUUCGAUAAAAUCAUUCCCGCCACUAUUAAUGGUUUGAAGGACAACGAACCGAUUGUUAAACUAGCUGCUUUGAAAUGUAUUCAUCAAUUGACUACUGAUUUGCAGGAUGAAGUUGCCAAAUUCCACGAAGAAUACUUACCAUUGAUUAUUGAUAUCAUUGAUUCUGCUAAAAACAUCGUUAUUUACAACUAUGCGACUGUCGCCUUAGAUGGUCUACUUGAAUUCAUUGCCUACGACGCCAUUGCUAAAUAUUUGGAACCAUUGAUGAACAAGUUAUUUUACAUGUUGGAAAGUAACGAAUCAUCCAAAUUAAGAUGUGCUGUUGUUUCUGCCAUAGGUUCUGCUGCCUUCGCUGCUGGUUCUGCUUUCAUUCCAUACUUCAAGACCAGUGUUCACUAUCUAGAAAAAUUCAUUCAAAACUGUUCCCAAAUUGAAGGUAUGAGUGAAGAUGAUAUUGAAUUAAGAGCUAACACAUUUGAAAAUAUUUCUACCAUGGCUAGAGCAGUUAGAUCAGAUGCGUUUGCUGAAUUCGCUGAACCUUUAGUUAACUCUGCUUAUGAGGCUAUUAAGACAGAUUCUGCUAGAUUAAGAGAAUCCGGUUAUGCGUUUAUUGCGAACCUGGCUAAGGUCUACGGUGAAAAUUUUGCUCCUUUCUUGAAAACCAUUUUACCGGAAAUUUUCAAGACAUUAGAAUUAGAUGAAUAUCAAUUCAACUUCGACGGUGAUGCUGAAGAUUUGGCAGCAUUUGCCGAUUCCGCCAAUGAAGAGGAAUUACAAAAUAAAUUCACUGUUAACACUGGUAUUUCCUAUGAAAAAGAAGUUGCCUCUGCAGCUCUAUCUGAAUUGGCGUUAGGUACUAAGGAACACUUUUUACCAUACGUUGAACAAUCCUUGAAGGUUUUGAACGAACAAGUCGAUGAAUCAUACGGUUUGAGAGAAACUGCUUUGAAUACCAUCUGGAAUGUCGUUAAGUCUGUCUUAUUGGCUUCUAAAGUUGACCCAGAAAACUAUCCAAAGGGUAUCCCAGCUUCUUCAUACGUAAGUGCAGAUGUUUUAGCUGUUAUUCAAGCUGCUAGAGAAACUUCUAUGGGUAACCUAAGUGACGAAUUUGAAACCUCAAUGGUUAUUACUGUUAUGGAAGACUUUGCCAAUAUGAUCAAACAAUUUGGUAGUAUCAUUAUCAUGGAUAACGGUGACUCUUCCAUGUUAGAAGCUUUGUGUCUACAAGUUCUAAGCGUCUUGAAGGGCACUCAUACCUGUCAAACCAUUGACAUUGAAGAGGACGUACCAAGAGACGAAGAAUUAGAUGCCUCUGAAACUGAAGCCACUUUACAAGAUGUUGCCUUGGAAGUUCUUGUCAGUUUAUCCCAAGCUUUGGCUGGUGAUUUUGCCAAGGUCUUUGACAAUUUCAGACCAGUUGUUUUUGGGUUGUUCCAAUCCAAGUCUAAGAACAAGAGAUCUUCUGCUGUUGGUGCCGCCUCUGAAUUGGCUUUGGGUAUGAAAGAACAAAAUCCAUUUGUCCAUGAAAUGCUAGAAGCUCUAGUUAUCAGAUUGACAACAGACAAAUCUCUGGAAGUUAGAGGUAACGCUGCUUAUGGUGUUGGUUUAUUAUGUGAAUAUGCAUCAAUGGAUAUUUCUGCCAUUUAUGAACCCGUUUUGAAGGCGCUUUACGAAUUGUUGAAUGCUGCCGACCAAAAGGCUCUAGCUGCUGAAGACGACGAAGCCACUAGAGAAAUCAUUGACAGAGCAUACGCGAACGCAAGUGGAUGUGUUGCCAGAAUGGCUUUGAAGAACAGUGCUUUGGUUCCAUUGGAACAAACCGUUCCAGCAUUAUUGGCACAUUUGCCAUUGCACACUGGUUUUGAAGAAUACAAUCCAAUUUUCGAAUUGAUCAUGAAACUAUAUCAGGAAAAUAACCCUGUUGUCACAAACGAGACCCCAAGGAUCAUUGAGAUUUUCAGCGUUGUGUUCACUAAAGAAAAUGAUAGAGUUAAACUAGAAAAGGAAUCUACUCUAGGCAGAGAAGAAAAUAUGGAAAGAUUGAAGCAAUUUCAAACUGAAGAGAUGAAACACAAAGUCGUUGAACUAUUGAAGUAUCUGAACACUACUUACAAUGGAAUUGUUGCCCAGAACCCGGUAUUAGCUGCUGUCAUCGCUUGA